AUGGCUUUUCGGGCUCGCUCCGUCGCCCUUCUUCGUUGGGGGUUGGAGCCGAGAUCAUCCCAGCUGAGUGUGCUGGGUAGGAGACGUGGGUUGGCGACAGUGUCAGAUGGGACGCGGGCAUAUGAUGUGGUGGUCAUUGGAGGAGGCCAUGCUGGCUCCGAAGCCUGUGCCGCGGCUGCUCGUUCAGGCGCCCGAACCGCAUUAAUCACGCCCUCGCUAUCCAACAUCGGUGUCUGUUCGUGUAAUCCGAGUUUCGGUGGAAUCGGAAAGGGUACCAUGAUACGAGAAGUUGAUGCGAUGGACGGAGUCGCGGGACGAAUUAUUGAUAAGGCCGGUAUUAUGUUUCGCACGCUGAACCGAUCCAAGGGCCCAGCUGUUUGGGGUCCCCGUGCUCAGAUUGAUCGCGAUCUGUAUAAGAAGUAUAUGCAGGAGGAGUUGCAGGGGACGGAAGGAUUGAGCAUCGUCGAGGGUAAGGUUGCGGAUAUCGUGGUGUCGAAGGAUGGGGUCGAGCAUACUCCCGGGGCGCAGGGCAAGAUUGUUGGUGUUAGGCUGGAGUCUGGCGAGGUUAUACCCACUGGCAAGGUGGUUAUCACAACGGGCACGUUCUUGGGUGGGGAGAUUCAUAUUGGGCUUGAAGCAUACCCGUCUGGUCGGAUGGGUGAAGCUGCUACCUUCGGACUCAGUAAGUCCUUGCGGGAUGCCGGGUUCACGUUGGGUCGUUUGAAGACGGGCACACCUCCGCGGUUGGAUAGAAAGACGAUCAAUUUUGCGCCUCUGGAAGUUCAGGAGGGUGAUCACCCCCCGAGUCCGUUCUCCUAUCUCAAUGGCAGGGUUCAGGUCGACGAUGAGGCCCAGCUUACUUGCUGGAUGACCUACACUAAUGACGAUGUUCACGAUAUUGUCCGAGCGAACCUGGACAAGACCAUUCACAUCCGCGAGACCGUUAGGGGCCCCAGAUACUGUCCUUCGCUCGAGUCUAAGAUCAUCCGCUUCACCGAUAAGAAGCGCCAUCUGAUCUGGCUCGAGCCAGAGGGUUUCGCGCCAAACGACGUCAUCUACCCUAACGGUAUCUCCAUGACCAUUCCCGCCGAUGCCCAGUACGCCAUGCUGCGAAAGGUCCACGGUCUCGAGAACGUGACCAUGCUUCAACCCGGCUACGGAGUCGAGUACGACUACAUCGACCCGCGCAAUCUCCGACCCACGCUCGAAACCAAACUCAUCAGCGGUCUCUACCUUGCCGGUCAGAUCAACGGUACCACCGGCUACGAAGAAGCCGCUGGACAAGGUAUCAUCGCUGGUACCAACGCUGGAUUAUCCGCCCAAGGUCGGGAACCGCUCACUCUCCGCCGGUCCGACGCAUUCAUCGGCAUCAUGAUCGACGACCUCACCACAAAGGGCGUCUCCGAGCCCUACCGCAUGUUCACAACGCGAAGCGAAUACCGCAUUACCACUCGCUCCGACAACGCCGAUCUCCGUCUCACCCGGAUGGCCCGCGAAGCCGGAAUCGUCUCCGACAAGCGCUGGCGACACUUCACGGAAACGGAAGCGCAAAUCAACGAGCUUCAAACCCUCCUCGAGAACACCAAAAUGUCCUCCUACGCCUGGGCUCGCAAAGGCUUCAAGGCCCGCAUCGACCCCUCUCAACGCUCCGCUCUCGACCUCCUCUGUCUCCGCGAGAGCGAUAUUGACUCCCUCAUCCCACAUAUUGAGUCCCCCACCGGCACCGUCUACUCUGCCUCUUCCUUCCCUCCGGAGAUCCGUAACCGUGUCUCCAUUGAAGGCCGCUACGCUCCCUUUGUGAUCCGCCAGGAAAACGCAGCCAAGAAAUCCCUCCGCGACGAAAAUUUGUCUAUCCCUGCUGACUUGGACUAUGCUACUGUUCAGGGCAUCAGCAUCGAGGAAAAGCAGGCCCUGGAGCGCGUCCGUCCCGUCAGUAUCGGCAUGGCGAGGCGCAUCGAGGGCGUUACUCCGUCCGGUGUCCUGAGGGUGCUCAUGCAUGUGCAUAGGACCAGUAGGGAUAGGACUGCUGCUUCUGCUCCUCCUGCUUCGGAGGGGCUUGAGGAGACCCCUGAUGAUGUUAUCAGCCAGGCACCUUGA